ACUUACCCAUGUGGUUCUCUGAACUGUGAAGAGCGUCUUCCGCCUUUAGUUUCUGAUUCGGUUUUCUGAGGUGUGUCGAGUACAGAAGUAGUGUUGUUCCCUCUUAAUAGUUCUACACGAAAAACUUUACGUCUUUUAUGCGUUGGUGUUACCUUUGUAAUCUCAAGUUCACGAUAUGAACGAACGAAAACUCUUGGUAAGUUUGUGAUCUUGACAAAAUAAACGAAGGAAUGAAAAUCAAAGUCCUUGACAAAUAUGUUGACGAGCAUCUGAAGUUUACUAGCCACUUGGAUGAGCUAUCUAAAAGAGUAUCUAGGAAAAUAGGGGUAAUGAUGAGACUGAAAAAUGUAAUACCAACAUUAGCAAAGCUUAGAAUUUACAAAUCUUUGAUUUUGCCACAAAUAACUUACUGCUAGACGGUAUGGCACUUUUGUAGAAAAUCUCAUGGCCGGAAGAUUGAGAGUCUCCAAGAAAGAGCGCUUAGAUCAGUCGCAGGGUUUCCGAGUUUGUUUAUUUUAGUUGUUUGAUUUUCCUUUUUAGGUAGUUAGGUCUCCACAAUUAGUUUGCACUCCGAGUAAGCUAGUAGGCAUUUGACACAUUAAUUAAGUCUAUUUAUUAUUAGUCGUAUACUGGGCAUUUAUAGAAAGUGUGGUGUUUUUGAACAACUUAUGCGUAUUCAUAAGUCUGUGAUAAAAGUGCUAAAUGUGAGAUCAUAUCUAUGAGUAGGUUUUUUAUGUAAUUAAUACUUGGAACGAAUCUAUUUGUAUUUACAAAGCAUGAAAUUUGCAUGUAAAUUGCCACUAGUUUCCAUUUAAUUAUCCUUUAGUCAGAGGGUGGAUUCAUUUGCAAACAUGUAGCUGUCUCAUUUGGCCUCUGAUAAAUUUCAUCCAAAAGGAAAGUUUAAUCCAAGUGACUAUGGGCAGUGACUCAUGAUUAUUACAUCUAUUAGCAUAAUGUAUGCUCUUACUUGUAAGUGCCAGAGUGUGGGUCACAAAAGUGUGGAAGAAGUGUUAAAGUGUGGAAGUUUGGUAGUAUGGAAGUGUGGUAAUAUCGAAUUAGGAAUUUUGGUGCCAGGACCAAAUGACGUUCGAAUGACUCUGAACUUUAGUGAUUACGGUAAGGAAACUGAGUGAAUCAAUUUUCAGGUAAGUUUGCUCAGUAUAUAAUGACCUUAAACAGAAUCUGAUUCACUCAGUUGUGGUUUCGGAUCAGGAUAUUGUCACAUGCAAGAAGACUCAGUGCAGGAAACACUACAAGCUUUUAUUUCAGCCAGCAAGCCGUGUAGAGCAUGCUAGUCCGCAUGCGCACAUGUAAGAGACUGCAUGCAAACUAUGACACUAAUCACUAUAAACUUCAGAGUCAUUCGCCAUUCAGGAGCCAUUUGGUGUUCUGAAAAGAACCCCAGUUGGAAUUUUGGAAGUAAGGUAGUAUAGAAGUUUUGAAAAUGUUUAUCACAAUGUAUUGUUCUCUGUUUUUAUCUAUCAUUUUGUAGAUGUUUGGCAACUUUGAUAUUUGGUAAUAGCACCUCCUGUACAAAGAGUUUAAACAGGCAUGAGUGAUGACCAAGUGUGCAGCUCUCACAAAGUGAAAGUCACCAUAUUGGCUUCUGAAUGGGGAUCAAGCAAAGGGGGGCUUUCUACCAUAAACAGAGAAUUAGCCAUUCAGUUAGCCAAAUGCCCUGAAGUGGAAAUCACUUUCUUUUUACCACAAUGCAGUCAAGAGGACAAGAAAGCUGCCUUACAAAACAAUGUGAAGAUCAUGGAGGCAGCACCACUACCUGGCUUUGAACAACUUGAGUGGCUUAGCUUCCCUCCAGAUCAUCUGCAAAUUGAUAUUAUUGUGGGUCAUGGUGUUAAACUUGGUAAACAAGCACUAAUCAUAAAAAAAUCUAAAAAGUGCAAAUGGCUUCAAGUGGUGCACACAGACCCUGAAGAACUUGGGAUGUUUAAAAAAUAUUCCAACCCAAUUUCAAAGGGUGAAGAAAAGCACAAGACUGAAGUAGAACUUUGUAAAAUGGCAGAUCAUGUUGUAGGAGUUGGACCCAAGGUGAGUGAGGCCUUCCGCUCAUAUCUACGUAGCUGUAGAAAAGAUGACACUGUUCUUGACUUCACUCCUGGAACAUUUGAAGAGUUUGCGGUUGUAAAGCAGGUUCCUAGUGAAAGGCAACAAUACAGUGUCUUGGUAUUUGGUUGUGGAGAUGUAGAAGAUUUUGAAUUAAAAGGGUUUGACAUAGCCGGGAAAGCGAUUGCUGCAUUAGAAGAUACUCGUCUUGUGUUUGUUGGAGCCCCAGAUGGAAAACACGAAGAAAUAGCAAAACAGUUGACUGAAUGUGGUGUUCCUGAAAGGCGCUUGAGAGUAAGAGGAUUUGUUAAAGAGCGAGAGAGUUUGAAGGAAUUGUUUCAAGAAGUGGAUCUUGUAAUCAUGCCUUCAAGAACAGAAGGCUUUGGAUUGACAGGACUUGAGGCCCUGUCAGCUGGUCUCCCUGUGCUCAUCAGUAGCAACUCUGGUUUUGGGAAAGCUCUGUGUAGUGUACUUUUUGGUUCAACAUAUGUUGUUGAGUCAGAUGAGCCUGCAGAGUGGACCUCAGCUAUUAAGAAAAUCUGGGGCAAGGACAGAAAAAGUCGACUGGAGGAAGCAAAAAUGUUGCGUGAUUCCUUUGACAAAAAGUACAACUGGGCCAUGCAGAUAAAAGAUCUUAUUGAGAAGAUGAUCAGCUGGGUUCACGGUAUGAACUUCAAUUUGAUUGACCUGUGCAUUUCAUCGUGUAUUUAUAUUGCACAUUAAGUUGCACAAUAUCAAGUACUGAAAAUUAUUAUUAUUAUUAUUAUUAUUAUUGUUAUUAUUAAUUGGUAGCAUCAAGGUAUAGUUCAUGAGAAGGAUGGCUGGUUGCCAUCUGUAUCUCACAAACACCUUUCCUUGAGCUCCAUAUUACAGAGGAAAUAAAUUAAGACAUGAACUCUGAAAAGAAGUGAAUAACAAACAAACAAAACAGAACUAAGAAUCAACUGCUGAGAUUUUUUGUCCUAAAAAUAUCAUUAAAAAAAUUGAAAUAAAAGAUGGCUGGUAUUAAGUUUGGUAAUCAUGACCCAGCUAAUCUUUUGUAUGCUUUAUCCCCAGCUCAUUGACGUGAAUAUUUCAUACAUUUGCCAGAUGAAAGCAGCCAAUUUAUUGUUAUCUACUCCUUUAUUUAAACAGAUGAUUCUUCAAAUCGUCAGAGGUAUUCAGAAACCAAAUGCAGUAAAGGUUCUCAGUGCAUGGAGGGCAUUACUGAAGACAUUGAAGGUAGCCUUAUAGUAUUUAUUUUUGUAAUGCUUAUCUAGGCUGAAUGGUGUUUCUGGAGAAAAAGUGUUCUAUGGGGGUCAAUAGGGCCACUCAAGUUAAGCCUGCAGCUCAAGUGAAGAAUAUUUCAAAGUUAGGUUGCCAAGGACAUUUUUACAGGGCUGGAAAAAAAACUUGAAUUCAAGCUUGUCCUUUGGGCAAGCAGCUUAUACCUUUUGCUUGCCUGGGGCCACUUUUUGCUUGUCUUAAGACCCAUUCACACCCCCUUUUGAAGUUGGUAAGACAUCAGAAAGUCCCUUUAGGGUAAAGUGUCUCAACUAAAUUUGUAUGUAUGUGUUAAUGAAUUCACAUGGUUUGCUGCCAAUAUUAUUUUUGUACUGUGCAUUGUCUGUCUGUAUUUUACUGAGGUUUAUCUUAAAAUUUAAGAUGCUAGUGUUGUCUUACAUCUGAUAUGACCUUUUGCAAUUAAACAUGUUUGCACUAUCCAAAUGAAACAAAAAUGAGUUAUAUUUUUUGGGGGUGUAAAACGUGUUUGUGUAAUAAUUGGAAUUUUGAUGGUAUAAACUCCACUUUACAGCAAAAACAAGAGUGUCCAUCCUGCAAAGCAAUGAUCCAUCCAAACUGCUGAAACUAUGAAAAGAGGGGGGGAAAAUUAAAUCUUGCUUGUUCUCUAUAAUAACUCGCAUCAUCAUUGUGAUUUACAGAAAAUUAUUUUUUAUAAAAUGCUAAUUUUUUUUUUAUUCACAUGAAAAUAAUCGAUAAAAUUUGUCGUGGUCAUACUCGAGUCGACAGGCUAGAAAAGUGGUACACACCUAUCAAACUACUGAAAAUGUGAAAAAAAAAUUUAAUUAACCAGUUUGAAAAUUUUGCACCAGUUUGAAAAAUUUAAACCAGUUUAAAAAAUUCAAACCAAAGAAAAAAUUUGAACUACAACGUAUACAUAUAAUUAAUUUGGAAUAAGCUUAUAAUUAAAGGCUUGUUAAUUGUCACACCAGAUGCUUCUGAUAUGCCAAAGGAUGUUUCUGUCAAUGGAAAGCAGCCUGUUGCAAAAACACAUGCUUCAGCUUCUGGAUUCUCAGGAGAGCAAUGUCCAGUUGAUGAGCCUAAAACUGAGGAUGCACCCAGAUUAAGUGAAGAAUCUCCCUCAAUUUGCCAUACUCCUAGCGUUUCAGGGCUCACUUCUGACCAAGGUAUGGAAUUACAUUGACAAGGCCGCAUUACAACUUCACGCCGAUUUAAGUGUGUACCCCAAAUUUUGGGGUUAUCAAGUAUUCAUAUAUUCAGGCUAUUGUUCUUGCCAUUGUCGAUUACCUUCCGAAGAAUCCACGAGCGGAAUUCCUCUGAUUUAGGUGCGAUAUGUCUCUUUUGUUUCGAAUUUUGUUGCUUGAUUGACUUUUUAAUCCCCAUUGUUACCUGAUGAGUAUUAAAUUUAUCCAUUAAAAUACUCGGACUUGCCUGUUAAAUUUGCUGCGGUCUGUGGGAACGCUUACAAGUCUUUUAAGUGUGGCGGACAACUCUGGUUGCAUAACAUAUUUUCGGUCACGCACCGUAUUACAAACGAAACAAGCCUGAUAAAUUUGAAGUUGAUUAAAGCUUAUAAAUACCUAGUCUCCUAUGGUAUUUUUUUUUUAUUAAAUACUCCCUUGCCUUGAAAAUAAUUUGGCGUUUAAAGAAUUGCUGCGGAAGGUAUUUAUUAGAACGUUUUAUUCAUUCAGUAUUAUCAAAACCUGCGCUCUGCAAUCAAGAGCGAACAACUCUCUUCAAAAUGUAAACAACGCAAGCGGUGAAUGCAUUUAACGGGAUGACACAGAUUUAUCAGCGUGUAAUUUCACUUUUUUGGACGUUUUCGCUUGCCUUUCAGUUUUUUUGUUUAAAAAAACCUUGCGUUUCAGUUACGUGACUGCAGGGCCCGAAAUAACCGCGUAUUGUCAGUUCACCGAUUUGCAUGACAACUUGAUUCGCGGAGCUAAUCGAGUGAGACAGGAAAUAUCUAAAACUGUAAUCGACAGAUCAAAACUUGCGGAAUUCAUAAUUCCUCGAAAUAAUUUCGUAGAAACGCUUGUAUAGUUUGAUUGCUCUGGAGAAAUGAAUAACUGUUAUGAUUGAAUGAAUGGAUAACUCUCCGCCGGCCGGAUUUUAUUAAGCGAUAGGCGAGAAAAAAUGCCUCAGCGGCUUGCUUUGUACUUCGCAACCCCGGCAAGAAAAAAAUCUCGGUCCACAGUGGUCGAAAUUUCUCGUUCAAGAUCUCUUUUUGAAGCUCUCAAAACUCUCCUUUUUGAAAAAUACGUACCCAAGUCGAAGAAGUUUUGCGAAAGACUUAAAUCCAUAAACUUCUACCGCGAUAUGUGCGAUAAUUCUCUGCAGUUUUAUUGACACAUUUAGAACAAAAGGAUACCUUUAAAACUUCGUGGCCCUGGGCAGCUUAAUUAAGCCAUUGUUCAAUUUCUUUCAAUUUCUUUGCUUCUGAGUCUUCCGCCAUAAAAUCUCACCUUCUUUGAACCGAGUCAAAACGAGCACUCCCGAAGGGAAAGUCCGGAGGAAUAAACUGAGCCUUCAGGGUACAAAAUCCAGCGGUUAUGCCCAUUUCUGAAAUACACACUUAAAUCGGCGUGAAGGUGUACUGGGUGCCAAACCUUUUUACAUGUAUUAAUAAACUCUUGAGAAUUUUUUGGCCCUUUUAAAAAGUAACUGUUUUUUUUAUUAUUAUUUUUGUCUUUCUGCUAUAAAUCACCAUUUUCAGAUGGACCAUGCACGCACCUUGUUAACUUCCCCAAAUUUUGCAAAACCAUUGUCUUUGAUUUCUCUUGGGACGAGUGUAAUACCCAGGGGAAAUUGGGGGUAAAAAGAUGCAUGCAAGAUAUAUGUGAAAAUGGUGAAUAUCUAAAGAAUGCUCUCUUUGUGUAAAGAGCUGACGAGGAGCCUCGCUGAGUUUCCUUGUACAUUAGUAAAUAGUUUAUUUAUAUUGAAUUGUAAUAGAGCGGUUUUCAUUUGACUGUCGUACACCAAAGUAAAUACACUAGCCAACCAAAGGACGUAGUAAAACCAAAACCAAAACCAAAACCAAUCCCUUUCGACAGUCAAGUGAAAACUGCUCUAAGAAGCAGUAAUUAUCUUGUAGUUAAUAAUUUAUGCUUUUAAUCAAUAAUUUUCAGAAACAGCAAACACUGUUAAAAUGUCAAUCACCGCACGUGAUUUAAGUAGUGAACAGGAGGACGUUGUGGACGGAAUAUUAAGACAACAACUUAAAGCGUACUUGGAAUACAAUAAAACAAACAAGCUUUCUACAGCCAGCGGACUAAAUGACUUCGUUAAGCAUUUAGAAAAUACUUACAACUUAACUUUAACAUCUGUUGGUGUGGGAUCUUUGGUCAUAAAAGUUCAGUGUCCUUACCUGCAAAGUCUGGAAAGUCUCUGGAAUGAUUAUUGUUCUGGUCUCCUGAAUGAAGCUGCAGAGAGGUUUUUGGUAACUGAUGAUGUGAAGAAAGAAAACAACUUGGUGACACUCAGAUUAAAGACUAUUAUUGAGGAAGAAAGCUAUUUUACUUGCAAGAAGGCUCUUAUGAAAAAGUCAGGUAAGUUGGUUUAGCACAAGUUCGUGGGCAAUUAUCUUAGAGGUCUUAUUAAGACAAGAAAUUGAUAUAAUUCUCUGCUAGUGCUUUACAUGUACAUACAUACAGGUAUACAUGUACAUGUAUCUAACUUUCGCACAGUGGUUAAAUCUUUACGCUUGAGCUGGCUCGGCAGGUUUUUAAACCGUACGAAUGAAUCAUGGCAAAAGCAAUCCCAAAUGACUGACCUUUAACAGAUAUGGAGGGAUAUACGUUACCUUUUUUACUGAAGUAUUUUGUAAUUAUGAUUCUAAACUCUUAGACAAACAACCUCCUCUCUUUUAUGGUGAAAUGUUGGAUUAUUUUUAAGGAACUGCAUACAGGUCAUCCUGAUGUCUAUAGAAGUGAAUUCACUCUUUGGAAUAACAAGCAAAUCACGAUAUAGAAUAAAUCUAUAUUUUGGACACAUCUUUUUGAGAAAGGAAUCAGUUUUGUUUAAUACGUAUUAGACGAAAACGAAAAUUCUGUCCCUUGAUUAUUUACAAGUUAAAAAUAACGUUCACCUGAACUUUCUUCAAUAUUUUCAACUUAUUGCUGCGAUUCCAAGUUGCUUGAAGAAAGAAGCUCAAGAAAUUUCCGUAACGAAAAGAGACCUACUUAAGGAACAAGAAGUUUUUUACUUUUCCGACAAUAGACCACUCUCCUUGACUAAACUGAGAUGUAAGGACUACUACAAUUAUUUCAGGAAGGUAAAACUACAGAGCCUACUGCUGUUAAACGCUGGUCUAGCUUCUUUCUUUACUUUGCCAAUAGUUGGGAACAGUCUUUCAAUACACAAUUUAUAAAUCGACUAAAGAAAAUAAAUAAAGAGAAUUUGGGUACAAAAUUCUCCAUAGAAUUUUAGUUGAACCAACAAAGAACUUAAGAAAUUCAAAAUCAGAAAUGAUGAUCUUUGUGAUCAGUGUAAAGCCUCGUGCGAACGGACGCAACAUUGUUGGCCAACAACUCCCAACAUUGUUGGAUGUUACAUGUUGCGUCCGUUUACACGCGGGGGUUGCAUGUUGUUGCGUGUGUUUGCGCAAAGUUUGAAACCGGUCAAACUUUUCAGCCAACAACUCCCAACAUUUCUUUUGUGCUGUGAUCGCCGAAGCGUUAUUUUGUGAGGGUACCAUCCUACUUUAAAACUCUCUGGUAUCCCCACCUUUACUAUGAUCGUAAGUCUAACAUAUAGCAUGGAUAACAUAUAGAUCAAUCUACAAUGUAGCAUAACGUUUUUGGCCAUCGGAGUAAAUUUCACGUGGUUAUAGUGCCACGCCUCUUUGGGGUCUGAGUCGAAAUUCUGCUGUUGCCGGCAUUUUUUCGUGAAAAUCUCUCGGCUACAUAUAGUGCUUAUUAGUGCCUUGUGUUGAACAGAGUUUCACCAAAAUCGCAAAGAUCCAAUGCCAGAAAUUCAGCGGUUUCCAAAUUUCGGUCAUAAUUUGUGCGAAAAUGAUAAGCAAGGUUUACACGAUUAUAUCUAAUAAACUAUGAGAUUUAUCCCUUUAUUUUGGGGAUCUUUAUAACAGAUGGGUCCUUACAAGUCAGCAAAAAGCUUUAGGGCCUUGUAAAUGCGCGCUGUUUCGAGCAAUGCAAACAUAUACAAAUUAUAGUUUUUGCUAUUUGUUGACGUUUGUCAGCGUUUAAUAGUCCGUCUCACGAAAAAAGCAUUUUCUUAAAAAUUCGUAUUUUUUUUUUCCCUCAAAUUUUUUCAGGGCCUCAAUUGAUUAACUAACUACCCCGAUUCUGAAUUUCAUGAUCAUUAAAAAACUGUGACAUUACCUUCUAUAAGCCCAAACUUGAGUAAACAUUGAAGAUUUUUAGCGUUUUGGCUGAGUUUGUGCUCUGGGAGUUUUCUAUUGUUUCUAGUCUGUCAUGAUACAACACUCUUGUUCAGCACGCGUACAAUGACCGCGCUUGGCUGACAUAUUGUGGACUGAUCUAUAUGUUAUCCAUGCUAUAUGUUAGACUUACGAUCAAAGUAAAGGUGGUGAUACCAGAGAGCUUCAAAGUGGGAUGGUACCCUCACAAAACAACUGGGUUGAGUCACCUUGAACAAAGACCUCUGGGUUGUAUUCUUCCUACGGUGCACUGCAGGUCCCAAACUUGUUGGGAGUUGUUGCAUCCGUUUGCACACCACUGCCAAUACGCACGCAACAACUCCCAACGUUGUUGGCGCAACAAUGUUGGGAGUUGUUGCGCCCGUUUGCACUCAGCCUAAGACUCCUGAUUCACUGGAACAUACAUUUUUACAGUGCCCUGCAAAUGUUAAAUUUGAUCAUGAAAUUUUAUCGUGGUUUAAUGUGUCCCACAAUACUCUUAUUAAUCUUUCCCCUGAGUAAAUUGUGAUGCAGAAAUAUAUCCCUGGUCCUAUAAAUGAUAACCUCAGACGCCGACUAGAUCUACUCAUCCUGUUUAUUAAAAAGUAUGUAUAGUUGUAAAAUUAAUGUGGUGCCCCUUAACUGUACGCACUUUAUAAAUAAUUUAAAAACACAAUGGAAAAUAGAAAGAUUAACUUGAUGUAAUUAUUAUCUCUCUUAGCCUUAAUCUCACACGUAAUGAACUAAUAAUUAAGUUAAUAAUGUAAAUUGUAAGCAAUGAUAGUACUUAAAUCAAUAUACGUAAUACUAAUUUACAAUCUCCGUUUACUCCUUUUUUGUUCUCUUUCCCUUUUAGUGUGUUUCUGUAUUUUUUUUGUAUUUCAAUGUUAUUAUUGCAAAUAUAAAAAAAAUAAAAAACAUGUACAUGUGUUAUUUUUUAAUAAAGCGGUCAUCUUAGUAGCCUGCGAACAGCAGACGCAUUAGGGAGAGAAGCGACGAGCGGAAAUGCGUCUGCUGUUCGCAGGCUAUCAUCUCAGAGACUUCAAUCGAGAUAAUGCCACAAUAGACCUCUUUACCGAUACGGCGGCCAUAUUAAAUUAAUUCAAUUUAAGGAGUAUUGAAAUUACCUCCCUGAAACAGUUUGCACUAAAUGAACAGGUAAAUUAAUGAUAAUGCAUAAAAUGUUAAUCGAAAUAAGAUUAAGCAUUCAUAGAAAUGUUGAAAUGUUUGAUUCAGCAAGUUAACUAUGUGACCACAAGAGAGAUGGCUGUUAGUUGACGUUCAUGUUCAUGUGCAGUAGUACAGUAAUUGUGCCUGGCUGUGAGUGUUUUCUGUAAUAGUACAUUAACGAUAGAUGAAUUUAAUGCGUGGUUUUGUUAUUUUAUUCUGUGUUAGCAAUCAGCCGUAGCGUGUCACCUUCAACUGAAUCAGAUCAAGAAGCAGCUUCACUUCUCAUUGACACAAGCGCAGGUGAUUCUGAGGUAGGUGCCUUGUACUUGAAACUAAGAAUGAAAACAGCCUAAGACUAAAAAGAAAAGAAAUCGAGUCGUUGUGGGAGUGCAAUCUACUCAAUUCUGCAAUACAAGCUCGGAAAAAAGUAUGAAAAAAGUAUGACAGUUUUCAAACCCAGUUCCGCCCAUUAGACACCGUCGAAAAGAAAGACUGGUUUGGUUUUAUUCAAUUAGUUGGAAUUGUAUGGAAAUAUUAUAAUGGCAUGAUUGAGCUAUUUUGAAAAAAAAAAAAAAAGCUCACAUGGCAGUGGUUUAAGCCUAUGUAUCCUUGUGGCUUCGUGUCUUUGUGCGCUAGGAUGUCUGUUGCAGGGGCCAAUAAGGUUGAAGGUACUAUGAGUUGAUGCUUAUAAGAACCAAUGAUGUAGAUUUUGGCAACUAAACAUGACAUUGCUUAAGGUCAAACAAGGGCACUUUGAGACCGCCAUCUGGGUUGCAUAAAGCAUAAGUUAAUUGCACAUGUUGUAAAGCCGAGGUGAUUUCUUAAAACCGUUUGAGCAAAUUUCCUAGUAAACGAUUAGCGUUCUUUUACUUACGAAUUUAAAAGCAUAGGCGCACGGGCCGGCGGGGGGGGGGGCGAAGCGGGCUGCAGCGCCCCUCAAAUUUUGGGCAACUCAGAUUUUUUGGGCACUGUGCUGCACUGCACUAGCUGGAAUGAGCCAUUUCCAGUCGUGAAUUGAUUAGAAUAAACUUCCGCAUAACUUUCUAGAAUCACUUCCGCUCGUAGAACAGUGUAUGUCAGAUAGCUUCAGCAAUGAGUUUGAAAGUGAAGAAGUGGCUGACUAACUCUCAGUUUGAAUUACGCGAAGAAUCUUAAUUUUUUUAAAAAAAUCUACCAAGCGGUUUAAAAAUCAUUCAUUAGUUUGUUAAAGUAGACCGGAAUGUUUACAAAACCACUAAAACAACUGUGGUGGCAAUUUUUUCAGAAGUUUGUCUAUGUCGACGUAGGUUAUGGUCAAACUUGGCAGAUAUUGACCCUGAAAAACUGUAUCGGGCCACUUUCAUAUGCCAUUAAGGCCUAUGUUUUUGCAUCGUAUGGCCCACGUUUCUUUUCGACUGUGUUGUAAAAAUUUGGGCAACUUGCAAGAAUUGUUUGGGCAAAUGGUUUACCCCUCCCCCCCCCCCUCCCCUUUAGCAAAACAUUGCCCGUACGCCUAUGUGUAAAAGAGGCAAAGUCCAACGUCUUCACUCGUAAACUGUGUGAUUGAGUUAUUUUUAUAAUCCUGAUUACUGGAUUACUGUGUGAUCGAAUUCCCUCAAGUACGAAACAGCUGAUAUAGUAGCGUCACGACAGAAUUUGUCAGUUUAUUAGCAGGUCGUGAUUAACUGUAGCUUGCACAGUCGAAUCCUUCACGAUUUCUGACGUGAUGUCUUGAUCCGCAUAUUCUCUUCGUCCACGUACUCAACUAGACAACGCUGUAUUGAAUAGCGGAAAACAAUUACAGUUUCCAGUCUACGAUAUUUCUCCGCAUAAAACCUCUCUGUACCUUGAUGAAGGAGUCUUGAGCAGCCCCAGGGACGCAGCGCCAGCCCCUCAGACAUCGGAUCUAGGAGAGGAGUUUACAGAGCUCCAAAAGCUGAUGACUCGGGCCAAAGAGGAGAACAAGGUCUUGGAGAAAACGGUUCAAGUGGAAGCCAUGCGGCAGGAGUUGCAGGCGUUUCGUCUUCGCAAAGAUCAACUCGAUCAACGCCGCCACGCGAUACCUUCACUUCCUGACGGUGCGAAGCUUCUUCCAGAGGACAGUCAACCAGUGCACGCUCUUCAGGACUUGAGGUCCAAAAAAAUCCCUUUCUACUCGGGUAGACAGAUUUCUUGCUACCCUGGAUGAUUCAUCUUCUGAUGAGGAUAAUGACGGAAAGGACCAUCUUCCCGUUUCUAGAGGUAGGCGCCACACCUUGAAAUCAGGCAAAGACUGUAAAUUAACAAGCAGAGUUCUGUCCCCUCAAUUAUGGCCCCACAGACACCUUAGUUUAUCGUACAUCUCCAAGGAUAAGAAGUACGAUGAUUUAUCGCUGACCGAAUUUGCUGUCGGCUACGACGCUAUUCUUCAGCGCCCCACCCUUUCUCCCUCAGAACUUCGCGCACGCAUCGACAAUUUUGCAGUUUUGAUGUACUUGGCUACCCAGUAUACUUGGUCGUCAGUGCGCGAUUUGCAUUCCGCUGUACUUUUUGAGAUAGAAUGUGAUAGAGCAAAGUGGGGUGAUUCCUUUACUUAUUUGGAAUCUUGCAUUUUGCAAUCACUGUUAAGAUCUUCGCGUUCGGGAAGUGGCGCUCCACGCGCGGACAAUCCUGCGUCCGUAUUCUUCUGUCGUGAUUUUCAGCAUGGCACAUGUAAACGUCAGAAGGAUCACUUUGGCACUCUUCGUGGUAAACGUAAAUGGUUUCAGCACAGUUGUGCCCGGUGCUGGGUUGACUCGCGGGUCCUCGCGCGUCAUUCGGAGUUCGCAAAGGCGUGUCCCCUGUUCAUCGAUAACAGUAAACGGAAGACUACAUAUACCGCAGACAGUCCAGUUUGACUCUCUCGUGGACUUGGAUCGUCGUCCUCCUCUUUGUCGCAAGACUCUAGCCUUAUUUUGCUUGACUAUCGACAAGCUUCCUUAUUGAAUGAAAGCUCUCCUGACGCCCGACUUUUUAACUCAGUGUUGGCCGACGCUACCCAAGCGCUUUCGUAAUUUCAUCAGCACUCUAGACUUAACCCCGGUUUGUAUGAAUUUUCGCGUGACUCUAGACUUUCUUGUUCCCGCGUGCAAUCAGACUCUAGACUUCACUCAGUUUCGGAUGACCUUUUGUGUGAAUCUAGACUUUCUAGUUCUUGCGUGCAGCAAGACUCUAAACUUAACCUAGUUUUGGAUGAAUUUUUGCUUGACUCUCGAUUUUCUAGUUCUUGCGUGCUGCCAGAUGCUAGACUUGACUCAGUUUUCGAUGAAUUUUCGCGCGACUCUAAACGUUUUAGUUCUUGCGUGCAGCUUCAGUUAGUGUGGACCCUUAUCUUAAUAGGAGUUCUGAUCUUACGGUUACCGGUUCGGGCACGUCCGAAUUAGCUCAUUUAGUAGAUACUGCUUCAUCUUUUUCAGCGCCCGACCUUUCAAAUAUUUUUGAGAAGUUGUAAAUGCCGAGACUAGGAAUGUGUUCGAAUAACUUGAACUACUGUGAUAAAGACAUGAUGUCUUAUUUUGCAAGUAGUUCAACUUUUCAAAUAGUUUUUGUUUUUUAGGGUUCCGAGUAGUUUUCCCGUUCCCAGUUGUUCCCCUUCUGACUUCGCAUCCGAUCCGCAGCUUUUUGUUUCCCUUCAUCAUCGGGUGCACGCGGCAAGGCCUCCCAAUUUUCGUAGCGCGCGUUUAGCGGUUCCGACUUUGCUUAUUAAAUCUUCCCUUCUUUGUUCUCGGAAUAUACAGAUGUCAGUGUCUGUGACUUUUUAGAAUUCGGGUGGCCCAUUGGUUGUGAUUAUAGUAGCCUGCGUAGCAUGGCGGUUUUGGUUGGGAGCGCUAAGUAAUAAAGGCGGGCGAGGGCAGAGAAACCGCGAGGAGAUUGGGGCGGAAGCAACUUGAAAAACCGCCUGCACGGACGGGGGGCUUUUUUGAGUCGGUCCGCACGCCAGCGUACGGAUCGUUCCGAUUGGUUCGGAAUGUUCGCCUGUCAAUCAAAUAUUUUGGUAAUCUCCCAUGGGAGAGUUUCGAGGGACUGAACAAAUCAUCUCCGCAAAACAAAAUCAAAAUAUCAAAGAAGCGUUGACCGGAGCGUCGUCGAUCUUGAAUAUUUGACGGGAAAAUAGGGCAAUUGUAUUGAAGUCUAAACAGGAAAUGGCCAUUUACAGUCUUCUUCAAAGGAGAGAUGUCAUGGAAAUUUUGUCAACAAGAUUUGGCAAGAGCAUGAUCUUUACUGUCUUUGCUAUGGCCAAAGAAGAAAUAUCCUCAUCGGAAACCUGUAUGAUCACAAUUUCCCCUCUAAAAAGUACUAUCGAGGACCAGAUAUCUGAAAUGGUGUCGCUGAGAUGUAAAGCAAUGGACCUUAUGACAGAAACAGUAAAUUUCAGUGCUUCGAGAAAGUUCACCUCAAUUUUCUCUAUUACUCGGUGUUAGAGAAUAACGCACUCCAGCGCAAUACAUCGAACGGCGUCCGCGAUUGUGGUCGAUGAAUCGCAUAUGGUAGAAGACGCACAGCGUAAUUCUCCAUACUUUUUUGCUUGGUGUAGCUUAAGCUACAACUCAAAUCUGAAGAUCGCGCUCUACGUAAAAAUACAACAUCCUGCAAACAACAGUUAAAAAGCCGGGCCCAGCGUCAAAACAUUCACGGACAAAGCAGUGACAAAGAAACUACAAACCAAGGCUCCUUGGUUUGUAGUUGUCCAGAUCCAGGCAUUUUAGUCGGAAAAGACCAAAGAAACUAAAAUAUUUAUUUAGCCGUAAUAAAAAGCUUUAGGCUUUAAGAGUGGUCAAAGAAAUUAGUACUUUACAACUGCAUCUGAGAUCAACAAAUUCUAAUUAGCGAAAAUAACAUUAACCACAGGAAAUAAUUACUCAAUACGGAUUAAACAAACCAACUCCAUGACCUCUAAAUAAAUGUAAGACUUAGUGCAGCGAAAAUAAGAUCUACUCAGUCAAGUUUAGAACGCAGUGUAGUCACCUAUGCGUGAGAUAGCCACAAAGAAAAAACCCGUGUUUGUUCAAGCAAACUCCAAUUCCGGCCAAGGUCACGUUUUACACUAUAUCACGAGCUUUUGUGUCGUGUUUAGGCUGUCAACACUUUAUUUCUGAUUGGCUGGGAAAACUGAAACCAAACAAGUUGUCAACAGGAUGUCAAAAUGAGUUGAAGGGGGCGGCAGUUGAAAAGGCCACGAAUCCGGGCAGGCGGUUUUUAUUUUUCUCGCGGCUUCGCCGCUCGUUCUCGCGCGCUUCGCGCGCGAAUUUCGCGGCUACGCCGCUCCUGCGCCCGGCUCAACAAAACCGCCAUGCUACGCAGGCUAUGAUUAUAGUGGAGCAUUGCCUUCGAACGUAUUUCGUAAUCACAAAGGUGCUCUCGAUUUUCCAUCGGCCGUUGACAGUUACUUGUCAACGGAACUAGGAUUAGGUUCUCUUUUUGGGCCGUUUGCGUGCAAUCCAUUCUCUAGUCCAUUUGAAUUCCUUGCUGAAACAGGGCUCUGAUGAACGUCGUUUUAUUCUUGACCUUAGUUGUCCCAAAGGCGCGUCAGUCAAUGAUGGCAUCUGUAAAGAUUUUUAUCUAGGCGAACCACCGACCAGUGACCCUCACUUAUCCUAUUGUCGAUGAUAUACACUCUUUUUUUUGAUAAGAAUAUAUUUUAUAAGAAUAUCGAGGCUGAAAUUUGCGAAAUUUUAAGAAUAUUUUAAGAAUAAAGCCGAGGCUGAGAUUUUGAAAAGGAUAGAUAUAAUUUUGUGUGUUGAAACGUCUGUAAAUACAAUACAAUUUUAUGUUUUUAACUUAACCGUAUAAAAUUAUUCCUUUCUCUGAACGGCGAAACUAGCCAACAAACCGAAAAAAACCUGCACUAGCUAUAGGAAAAAGUUCAACGCUAAUGACAGUUCGAUGAACGGUACAUGCAAUACAUAUACAUAUACCCCAAUAAAUUCUAAAACGUAAAUGUCAUAAGCUAUAAUUUAAGAAUAAUACAAGAAUAUUUUCAGCCUAAAAUCGGCAGAAGAAUAAGAAUAUUCAGCCUGGACCGGAAAAACAAUAUUCUUAUAAAAAAAAUAGAGUGUAGCGGAACGUAUAGUCCAGUUCGGGCCUGGCUGCUUGUUGUUCAAACGGAAUCUCAAACGGGCAUAUAUACAGUUGCCGGUCGAUCCGUAUGAUUACCCUUUACUGGGUUGUUCGUGGCGCGAUCAGUUGUUUUUUGACGUUCGAUUACCUAUGGGUCUUCGCUCGGCAGCUAUGGCCUGUCAGCGGGUCACGAAUUCUGUUUGUUUCUUGCUUUCUCAGGCGGGUUGUUCAGCGUUGAGUUAUUUAGACGAUUUUAUGGGUGUUUCUACUCCGCAUAAUGCCGGCCGCCACUUCGAGCUUAGCGGCUCACUUUGUCAGGCUUUAGGGUUACAGGAAUCUUCGCAGAAAGUUUGUCCGCCGUCUACCCAAAUGAUUUGUCUCGUCUUUCUUUUCGAAACAGUAACUUUUACUAUGUCCGUGAUCCCCGCUUGUUUACGAGAAUUGCAGGAUGACGUGUUGCCUAAGUGGCUUGUUAAAAAAUCCGCCACCAAGACCGAGUUAUAGUCGCUUAUAGGUGAACUUGCCUUCGUUUGUAAAUGUGUUCGUCCCGGUCGUUUGUUUUUGUCCCGUCUUUUGCAUACCCUUCGUUCCUUACGGCGUCCUCAUCACCGCAUCAAGUUAACAGCAGACUUUAAGAAACACCUUCGCUGGUGGCUUCGUUUUCUUCGUGUAUAUAAUGGUGUUUCGUUCAUUCUCGCGCAGUUAUGGUCUGCCCCGGAUAGUGUUGUUUUAACCGAUGCCUGAUUAACCGGGGUUAUGUCGGCUAGUGGAUUUUUUCAUGUCGAAUUUCCUACUAGUGCGUUCUAGCACGGUUCCCGGCUAUUCACUUGUUGGAGGCCUUAGCUAUCGUUGUUGCUCUUCGGUUGUGGGGUCGUCACUGGCGUGCUCUUCGCAUUUUCGUUUAUUGUGACAAUACUGCCGUAGUCAGCUCUCUCAAUUCGGGACGGGUACAGGAUAAGUUGCUUGCUGAGUGUUUAAAGGGAAAUUUAGUUUCACGCCGCAACGAACGAGUUUGAGCUCCGCGCUUGUCAUAUUACUGGUUCUGACAAUCGUGUCGAUUUACUUAGUCGAUGGCAUUUGUAGCCUGCAUUUCCGGAUGAGUUUCCUUCGCGUUUCGGCAAACUUGGCUUGGAGUUUGUUUCAGUCCCCGUGGAAUUUUUUCAGUUGUGCGAUUCCAGCUGAAAUUUGUUUCUUUGCUUUCCUGUCCGUAGAUUCUUCGUUUGCGCAGUUACGUAGCGAUCUCAAAGAGACUCGGGUCGCUUACGCCGCUGGAACACGCAAGAAUCAUAGAACUCAGUGGAAGGCCUAUUUGUCAUUUUAUCUUUAUUUUGAUCUGCCGUAUCUGCCUGCCUCUUUGGACACUGUGUGUUUAUAUUGUCAGUUAAAGCCGUUACAUGACUGCUCAGUCGGUACGGAAUUAUCUUAGCGGUGUUAAGCUGCUUCACGUUGUUACCGGUCUCGAUUUUUCUUUUUACGACACGUUUGAACUUCGUUUAACUUUGCUCGGCCUUGACCGCAUGCAUAAGCAUCUCCCUUCACGUGCCCCGCUAGUGACACCCGCUUUACUUCGCGCGUUAGUGCAGUGUCGGGGUU